GACAUUUUAGUCGUUUAUGUUAUUGGGUGUAAAUAAUAGAAUUUUUGUCAUUAUGUAUUUUUUUUCUGUCAGGGAUGACGAGAAAGGCUUUCUGCCUCCUCUGCCAAAAUAAUUAGGUUUGGUUUUGGUACUGUCCAUCUUGACUUGCCUGGAAGGAAGACAUCAUAUAGUAAUCCACCUCAGCCUAUAACAUUCCUUGGGCAGGAUAAGAGAAACUAAUUCUCCUAUAAUUUCUGUGGAUUUGGAAAAAAUAGAUAUUGGGUCCGAUUUUUCGAUUCUAUCACUGAGUUGAGUUUGUUAAUAAGUGUGAUCACGCUAUCAACAUGUAGUGUGCAUUUUUACCUGACCUAAUAAACAGUAACAGCCUUUUAUUUGUUUUCUCACAAAAUGGAAGCAGCAAAGUAGCUGCUUAUAAUCAGGAAAACUGUGUAAUCACGCAGUAAAACAUUUUCUAAAAAUGUGACCUUUCAAUAAUGGAAAAGAGAAUUUUAAAAAACAGUAGCCGAGCCAGCCAGGAGUCGAACCUAGAAUCUUCUGAUCCGUAGUCAGACGCGUUAUCCAUUGCGCCACUGGCCCGCCCUGCCUAAACUGCUUAUACAUGUGUAUUCUAACUUCCGGACGCUUGCCUUAGCAUGCCUUCAAUCUAUAAAAAAUUGAGUUAUGGGCGGGGAUUCCGAACAAGAGCAGCCAGUCAAAUUCGCCUCACACACUUUCACUUCGUCGAACCUCAGGCCCCGUGCCAGCUCUCUUUAGCGAAGCGACGUUACAAUGACAUUCUCAGCCAAUCCUGGGCCGGUUAGUGUUCGAGGCGGCCCCCAGCUCGAAGGUGAUGCCACAAUUCUAAUCCCCGCCCACCCCGCGCUUCUCUUCCUCGGAAUAGACGUCGGUGCGUUUAGCGCAACCGGCUCCACCAAUCCCAGCUCCUCCUGUUUUUGCGAGGCCUUGUCCUAGAGCCAGAAAUGCUUUCUGAUUAAGUUUGUCCUAAGUGCGCUUCCGUCUUGGAGGCCGGAGCGUGCGCGGUCAGGUGAGGAGGGCGGAAUAGAGGAGAGAAUCCUGGACUCGAAGUAGGAACCGGGCGUUACUUAGCAGCGAGCAGGAGCGAAGAAGGGGGCAGCGAUGGCGGCUUCAGCGGGAGCCUACGAGAACCUCAAGCUGCAUAUAACACCAGAGAAGUUUUAUGUGGAAGCUUGUGAUGAUGGAGCAAAUGAUGUUCUUACUAUUGACAGAGUCUCCACAGAGGUCACUCUUACAGUUAAGAAAGAUAUUCCACCUUCAGCAGUUACCAGGCAAAUAUAUGGUAUUCUGGGAACAAUCCGUCUAGUGGCAGGUUCAUACCUUAUUGUAAUAACAAAAAAGAAAAAAAUAGGUGAAUUUUUCAAUCAUGUAGUCUGGAAAGCAACCGACUUUGAUAUCCUCUCUUACAAAAAGACAAUGUUACAUUUAACUGAUAUUCAGUUACAGGACAAUAAAGUCUUUUUAGCAAUGAUUAGCCAUGUACUGAGCGUGGAUGGAUUUUAUUUUUCUACAACAUAUGACUUAACGCACACUCUACAACGCUUGGCUAAUACCAGUCCGGAGUUUCAAGAAAUGAGUUUGCUAGAGAGGGCAGAUCAACGGUUUGUAUGGAAUGGACACCUUCUUAGAGAAUUUGCUGCUCAACCUGAGCUCCAUAGAUUUGCUAUUCCAGUAAUACAUGGAUUUAUCAUUAUGCACUCUUGUUCCAUUAAUGGAAAAUAUUUUGACUGGAUUCUUAUUUCGCGAAGAAGCUGCUUCAGAGCUGGUGUGCGCUACUAUGUGAGGGGUAUUGAUUCUGAAGGACAUGCAGCUAAUUUUGUAGAAACAGAGCAAAUUGUACAUUACAAUGGGAGCAAAGCUUCUUUUGUUCAGACACGUGGAUCGAUUCCCUUUUUCUGGUCACAGAGACCGAACCUCAAGUAUAAACCAAAGCCACAGAUCAGCAAAACAAUAAAUCAUAUGGAUGGCUUCCAAAGACAUUUUGACUCUCAAAUUAUUAGCUAUGGAAAACAAAUGGUUGUUAAUCUGGUUAACCAGAAGGGCUCUGAAAAGCCUCUUGAACAGACUUUCUCAAAAAUGGUAAACAGCUUGGGAAAUGGAAUGGUCAGGUAUAUAGCAUUUGAUUUCCAUAAAGAAUGCAGUCGAAUGAGGUGGGAUCGGCUCCAGAUUUUAUUGGACCAACUAGCUGAGCAACAAGAUGAAUUUGGCUAUUUUCUGGUUGAUUCUGAUGGGAAAGUGUUGAUGCAACAAGAAGGGACAUUUCGCAGUAAUUGCAUGGACUGCCUGGACCGAACUAAUGUGAUUCAGAGCCUCUUAGCCCGCCGCUCCCUCCAAGCACAGCUGCAGCGAUUAGGAGUUCUUCAUGUUGGCCAGAGACUUGAAGAACAAGCAGAAUUUGAGAAACUUUAUAAAAACGCUUGGGCUGAUAAUGCAAAUGCUUGUGCCAAACAGUAUGCUGGAACGGGUGCCUUAAAGACGGACUACACAAGAACUGGAAAAAGAACUCAAUGGGGCUUACUUAUGGAUGGUUGGAACUCGUUAAUUCGUUACUACAAAAACAAUUUUUCUGAUGGAUUUAGGCAGGAUGCUAUUGAUCUGUUUCUUGGAAACUAUUCUGUGGAUGAAGUAGAUUCUCUCAGUCCUUUCCAUGUACAGAAGGAUUGGAAAUUUUUGGCUUUGCCUAUUAUCAUGGUGGUUGCUUUCUCAAUGUGCAUUAUCUGUUUGCUUAUGGCUGGUGACACAUGGACAGAGACACUGGCCUAUGUGAUGUUCUGGGGAAGUGCAAGCUUUGGGACUCUUGCGAUCAUCCUUUACAAUGGCAAGGAUUUUGUGGAUGCACCCAAACUAGUCCAGAAGGAGAAGAUGGACUGAAUUUGUGUGUGUGGAAAACGGCUUGGUAGGGAUGACUCCUUAAGCCAUACCUGGAGUCUCUACUGACCUGCUUUCCACACCAACCCAUGGCCUUUUUCUUAGCUUUCAUCUUUGGGGGUGAAAAAGUGACUCCAGCUUGUAACUUGAUGGAGAUUUACUGUUUUGGUUCUGUUAUCACAAUGAUCUGAGGAGUAUUGCAUUUACUGGAGUUUCCACACACAGGGUUAGGGAGGUGAAAGCCAAAUAGCACUGUGGACCCUACAGAGUAUCAACCAGGUUUUACAGUCCAGCAGUGCAGCAUUGUAAGAACUUUCAGAUAACUAAGUCUUUCAAAGGAGAUGCUCAUCUUCUGACAUAUUAAGAGAUUCAACGGCUGCUGGAUAUACCAAAAUAGGUUUAAGUUAAAUUACUUGAUACUAGUUAAUGCUUUGCUAACAGUAACAGAAAUAAGUAUUGCUGCUUAAUUAAACUUUUAGUUGAGUGCCCUUGUAAUCAAAGAGAGCAAGUGCAGGGUUGUAUGUUCUGCUUCCCUUUUUCCAUAUGCAUUUGAAUUUUUCUAAGUGGAAAAAGAGUGAGUUUCUCUCCCCUCUUUUCAAAAGGCAAGUCUCUCUGGCCAGCCCUGCUACAUAUUGAUGCAAUAUUCUGUUAAAUCAUUGUUGGGAGGAUGAGGUGUAAAAUGACUUAGUCUGGAACAUGUCUCACACUAUUUUUUAUGACUACAGUCCUUAGAUAUAGAUGACAAAUUUCAGUGUUUCAAAUCAUAGUGUUUUCUUAAAAGAUGUAAACAGAAUCAAAGAAUGUAAAAUUGCUUAUUUGAACCCUCUUAUGCUAAAGGUCCAAAGUAUUUGUUUGUUUCAGAAGAGGCUCAUAUGUAGAAAGGUAUUUGUUAAAUUGGCAAACCAGCAGCUAUUUAAUGCUGCCUUGGUUUAAAUAGAUAUGAUCUGUGGAGAAUACAGAUUUGAUCCAUUUUCUUGGGCUAAAUUCCAUGAUUGCACUCGGGAUCAACAUCAGCUUGCUUUUUGUGCAUGCCGUUAAUUAUAUUUCUCACAAUUGUAAUUUUCUCUGAAAAUGACUAAGCUAUAAGAAUAGCCUUGUACUGUUUAAAAAUAAGUGUGUGUCUCAACUUCAGUGCUUCUGAGCUUUAUAUUAAAACUAGAUCUAAAUCAAGGACCAAUUUUAAACAAUGUUGUCAUCCAUUUUCUAACCACUUGUGUUCAGAACCGGACAUGAAUUGGUUUCAGGUGCAGUGCAUUAUAUUUCUUGUCAUUAAAAGUAUAUUAUUCAAGAUUGCAAUUAUGAAUUUAAAUGUUAAGAGAAUAUGUAGACAGCUAGUUUAAUACAGUUUUGACACCCCAAGCUAAAAACACAACUGAUGGCUUUAGUCAUCUCCUGGUGUCUCAAAUAUAUUUGUACCGUCUCUGCAAAUAACAGCUAUUCAUUUUAACCUCAGAAUGUCUGAGAGCUUCUUCAGGUUUGUUUAAAUUAUUUUCCUCUCACAGUCAUUUGUAAUCUAUGCAGUUCCUGUUUGCUUUAUAAAUGUAGUAGAAAGAACAGCCGGUCAAGUUUUAAAAUUAAAAUCCAAGCCAUUCAUGUAAAUGCAUGGAAUAUAGAAAGCUAUGCAUCAUCAACUGAUGUUGCUUGGUAACUCUGGCACAUUUCCCAUUAAGAACUAGUUGCAGCAAAAAAGCUAAGUUGGAUAGGUGGCAUUGCUGGAACAGAACAGAAUUUUUGUAGGCGUGAGGGUUGAAAAAUACCUGUAUUCCAGUGCUGUGCAAAGCAGUUGCAUUCCCAAGUCAACAUAUGGUGUACUCCAACAACAAUAAAAGUCCAAUCUUUUCUAAA